UUAGCCCCCUCCUCAUACAGUCAUACUGCCUAUAUAAGAUUCCCUCUCUUUCUUUCCCUUUUCUCUCUCUCUCUCUGAAUAUAUAUACGUAUAUCCUGCUGUUUCUAUUGCUAAAGGAAGCAAAACUAGCCAAAAACAAAACUAAAAAGAUAAUCGUAUCAGAGAUAGAUCUAAGGGGCUGUGUAAUAACGAACCUUAAUACGAGUAGUAUUUCAAUAUUCAGUCUUGUGAUGGAAGAAGAGACUGUUGCAAGUUCAGAGAUCCCAGUCAACAAGGUUAUUGAGGAAACUGCUGAAGAGGUAACCCCAACUGCCAAGGAUGCCAAAAAGGAAGAAGAAGCACCUUUAGAUGGAGAAUUUAUAAAAGUAGAGAAGGAAACAGUGGAAGUACAUGAUGAUGUGGCCCAUACAUCUCGAGAUCUGAACGUUGAAGAUGACAAACCAACCAUUGAACAAAGUAGGGAAGUUCUUGAGGCAAAAGAGAAGGUAAAUGAGCUUGAGGUUGAAUUGCAAAAACUAACAACAGUAUUCAAGCAUUCCGAGUCUGAGAAUGCUGAACUCAAGGAGCAAGUCUCGCUUACAAAGGAGAAACUUGAGAAACAGGAAAAGCAACAUGAGAAUCUUGAAGUUGACUAUAAGAAGCUACAGGAGCUUUCUAAAGAAACCGAAGAGAGAUACAAUUCACGGAUUGCUAGUUUGCAAGAGGAACUGCAAGCUCAAGAGGCUCAUCAGAAAGAACUGGUCGAAGUAAAAGAAUCAUUUGAAACUCUGAAUGUCGAAUUAGAAAGCUCGAAAAAAAGGAUCCAUGAUCUGGAGCAAGAGCUAGGUCUUUCUGCAAGUGAUGCUCAAAAGUUUGAAGAGUUGCAUAAGCAGAGUGGAUCACAUGCUGAAUCAGAGACCAAGAGAGCAUUAGAGUUUGAAAGAUUACUUCAACUGGCUCAAGUGAGUGCAAAAGAGAUGGAAGAUCAGAUGGCUUUAGUCCAAGAUGAACUCAAGGGUCUGUAUGAAAAGAUUGCUGAUCUUGAAAAGGUCGAAGAAGCACUAAAGAAGACGAGCACCGAGCUAUCUGCAAUCCAAGAAGAGUUGGAGGGUUCAAAAUCUCAAGUAUUGGAAAUUCAGAAAAAAUGUUCUUCACAAGAGGCUCUAAUAAGUGAACUGACCGAAGAACUCAAUGUGAAAAAGGUUUCUGAAACAUCGACCAAAGAAGAGCUUAUAGCUAAAGAAUCUGAGUUGGAAGAAGUCAAACUUAAGCUUCAUGAGGUGACCUUGAUUCAGGAAGAACUAGCUAAAGUAAAAGAGGAAAAAGAAGCUCUUGAACAGUCAGCAAGGGAACAAGCCAUCGUUUUGUCUCAAGGUCAGGCAGAACAAAAUGAACUGGAAGAGAUAGCAAAAUCGUUAAGAGCCGAGUUAGAAGAAACAAAAUCACUGGGGGCUCUCACACAAGUAAAAGCUACAGAGAUUGAAGCAGAACAUAAACAUUCUGCUGACAAGAUACUAGAGUUAAGCUCAGCAAUAGAUAGUCUUGAAGAAGAAAAGAAACAACUGAACCAACAAGUGCAAGAAUCCAUAGAAAAGGUAAGUCAGCUGGAAUCUGAAUUGGCCCAAUCAUCGUCACGUAAUGCAGAGCUUGAAUUGGAGCUAAAGAGUGUUCUUGAAAAGUCAUCUGAUCAUGAAGAACGAGCCAAGACGAGCCAUCAACGUAGUUUUGAACUUGAAGAGAUAAUCCAGACGUUGAAUUCCAAAGCCGAGAAUGCUGGUAAAAAGGCCAGUGAAUUGGAGCUGUUGCUAGAGGCAGAGAAGUACAGAAUCCAGGAGCUUGAGGAACAGAUAAGCACACUGGAGAAGAAAUGCAGGGACACAGAAGAAGGCUCUAGUAUCCAUUCUCAUAAGGUAUCUGAACUCGAAUCUGAACUUGAAGCAAUGCGAUCAAAAACAGCAGCUCUAGAAGGUGCACUGGAAACCUCAACUAAAAACGAGCAAGCACUGAAUGAAUCGUUGGAUUUAGCAACCACCGAGAAAAAGCAACUGGAAGAUUCCACUAGAAAAUCAUCAGAGCAACUUGUUGAAGCAGAAGACCUUGUAGAAGUACUGAGAAAUGAACUAAAAGUCUCUCAGCAGAAGUUGGAAACCAUCGCGAGUGAUGUAGAAGCUUCUGGAAUGAGAGAAAUAGAAGUCAUGAACAAGCUUAAGUUAGCUGAGGAACAACUAGAGGAAGCUAGAGCAAAGUGCUCAGAGUACCAAACACUACAUGAGACCCACACUAGAGAUUUUGAUCUCAAAUACCAAGAAUCAGUUGCGAAUAUCACUAGCAGAGACACGGAGGCCAAACUAUUGCUGGAGAAAUUAACAACUCUCGAGACACAGAUAGCUGAAGAAAAAGGAAGAUCUGCUUUGCUAAAAGAGGAACUAGAUCAGCUUUUGCUGAUACAAUCUAAUAAAGAAAGCGAAAUUGAAGACCUCAAACGAAAGAUAUCAGAGUCAGAAACCAAUUCAGUCAAGUUCUCCGCUGAAAAUGAAAUGUUGGUUUCAACCAUUAUUCAGCUCAAAGACAAAGUUAACGAACUUGAAAUUUCGCUCAGCAAUGUACACAGUGAAAAGGAAUCUGCAGCGCAAACACUUGAUUCGCAUGUUAAGACUAUUGCUGAUUUAACUGAACAGCAUUCUAGAGCCUCUGAGCUUGCCGAUAAUCACAAGAAUGAACUGGAACAGGCUCUGUUGAAAGUAAGUGCUUUAGAAAGCACAGUGGAGGAAGUGAAAACCAAGUCCAAUCAUCAUGAGAAGGAGGGGAAAGAGUUAUCAGAAGCAAAUUUGAAGCUUACUCAAGAACUUGCUGCUUUCGAGUCUAAAUUGAAUGAUCUGCAGACAAGUUUGUCUGCAGCUUUGACCGAAAAAGAUGAGACUAUCAAUCAGCUUCUUACCUCCAAGAAAGAAUUAGAGGAUUCGACCGAAAAGUUUUCGUCUGAAGGACAAAAGCUCCAGUCUCAGAUCUCAUCACUCAUGGAAGAGAACAACAUGUUGAAUGGAACACAUGAAAACGCUAAAAAGGAGCUUCAGACCAUUAUAGCUACACUUGAAGGGCAAGUGAAAGACCACACAUCUAAUGAGGAGUCUUUAAAAUCCGAGCUUGAAGAUCUUAAAGCAAGGAUCGAAGAUAAUGUUGCAUUAAAGGAUAACCUAAAAAAUAUAGAAGAAAAACUUGCAGCAGCCCAAAACACCAUAGUGGAACAGAAAAAAAUACAUUCACAAAAGGAGUCAGAACUAGAUGCUUCCUUGAAAGAGCUUGAAGCAAAUAAGGCAUCACUUUCGCAUUUGGAGAAACAAGUUAAAGACCUUAGUGCUAAAGCCAAAGAACAGGUUUCCGGGGACAGCUCAAGUGAAGUAAAAUCAAGAGACUUGGGAUCAACCGUAACGACCCCAUCUAAACGCAAGAGCAAGAAAAAUGUGGAAUCUUCAUCUUCACCCUCAACCCCAACCCCAACCCCAUCAAACACACAAACUCAAGCAACUGAUGUAUCUUUUGGGACAAGCCUUAAGGUCAUUUUAGGGGUAGCGUUGGUUUCAAUCAUAAUCGGUAUAGUCCUUGGCAAACGUUAUUAGUUUGCAUUUUUACUCCUACUUCAAAUAUCUACUUGUUCUAAAUUGGUGGAUACGUUUUCUUUGUUUUUUAUUUCUUCUUUUUUUUUCGGGUUGUUUUUUUUGGAAAGGAAUGCGAUUUGAUCGUUUUGGUGUUUUUGUUUGGGCUUGAAUUGGGCUUAAUGAGUGCUAUUUGCUUUAA